UGCAGUGAAAACAAGGGCCCCGUUUAUCUUUUAGGCACCGUGAAUGCCCCGCUUUCCAAUUCCUAUAUAAGACGAGAAAAGUUCAUAUUGACCAAAUAUCCGAACUUCACCUUUCUCGUCAGCUUCAAUCCUUCUCCGUUCGGAUUACUUGCAACUAUGCUGUUUUACAGGGCUGUCGGCGGACUUCUGUGUCUCCUGGAUGUCUGUGUGACGGUGUCCGCGUUCACGUGUGCGUAUCCGCCCCUUAUCCACGCGACGAGAGACGACCUUGCUGGUGACAUUCGGGCGAAUUGCUAUUCUAGUGUUGAUUUGGUUAAGGCGUAUGUUGCCCGGAUCAAUGAGGUCAAUUCUACUCUUCGCCCGAUCCUGGAGGUUAACCCGGAUGCAUUGCGUGAUGCCGAGGUGUUGGAUGGGGAGAGACAGGAUGGUUCUAGUCGGGGAGAGCUGCAUGGUAUGCCGAUUCUGGUCAAGGAUAGUAUUGGAACGGCGGGUAAGAUGCAGACGACAGCCGGCUCUUAUUCGCUCUAUGGUUCUCGAGUGCGUGAGGAUGCUACUGUCGUGAGGAGACUCAAGGAUUAUGGAGCCAUCAUCCUCGGAAAGACGAGUAUGUCGGAGUGGAUGAAUUUCCGUUCGUCGAAUACGUCCAGUGGCUGGAGUCCUAGGGGCGGACAAACGCUGGGAGCUUAUCAUCCGAUGCAGGACCCCGAAGGAAGCUCAAGUGGUAGCGCUGUGGCAGUUGAUCUCGGGCUGGCUAUGGCAGCUCUUGGAACGGAAACAAUGGGAAGCAUACUAUUUCCCAGCGGGGUGAACAACAUUGUCGGAAUCAAGCCAACAGUCGGCCUUACUUCACGCUACGGCGUCAUCCCUAUCAGCGAGCGUGAAGACACCAUUGGCCCAAUGGCUCGGACCGUCAGAGAUGCAGCGUGGGUUCUGGAGGCGAUUGCAGGCAGAGAUGAGAGGGAUAACUACACACUUGCUUCACCUUACCCAUCUGUCCCCUCCUAUGCCAAUGCCUGCCAGUUGGACGGGCUACAGGGGAAGAGGAUUGGUAUCCCACGGAAUGUCCUAGCCUCCUUAGCUAUGGGAUCACAGGGCCCCGCAGUUCUCUCCGCAUUUGAAGCCGCCGUAGCUAUACUCACUCAGGCGGGUGCUACUAUUGUGCAGGAUGCGAACUUCACAGCUUGGGAGGAGUUUCCCAAUAGCAAGAGCGUAAUACAGGUUCUUAAUGCUGAUUUCAUCUCCAAUAUCGAGAGUUAUCUCUCUAAGCUGGAGACCAAUCCGAAUAGCAUACACACCCUACAGGAUCUCAGAACAUACACACAGAGUGACCCGCGAGAGGAGUACCCAAGACGUGACACAACCCAGUGGGAUAUAGCACUCGCCGUUGGAAUCAACAACACGUCUCCGGAAUUCUGGCUAAUGUGCCAGAAUAAUCUCCGCCUAGGAGGCGAAGGAGGUGUGCUGGGGGCUCUUACGCGCCACAAGCUCGAUGCUGUCAUUCUUCCUACAUCGCUGGCUGCCUACGUCCCAUCAGUCGUCGGUACGCCGGUCAUCACAGUCCCGCUUGGGGCAUAUCCGAAUGGGACGAGAACCGUAUACAAUAAGUUCGGCAAUUUGGUUCAGGUGGCCGAGAACAUUCCUUUCGGAAUAAGCUUUCUGGGGGCACACUGGAGUGAGAGGACGCUGAUAGGGAUGGCUUAUGCAUUUGAGCAACGGACCCUAUUCAGACAGAAGCUCAGGCACUACAUCGAGCCACAUACUGAGAUUGUGGGGCGACUAGAAGGCGGGGACGAUGGGUUCGAAUGCUCUCGUUCGAUGGCUCCAUAUAAACUCGGCAAAACGACCGACAUCUCAAGAUGGCGGAACUGCCUCUCUUUCAACCCGUUGAACCCCUAUCGCUUAGAAAUGGGACACAUCGAAGAUACUUGCGCCUCCUUGCGCGCCCAGAUCGCCGCCACCGAAGCACAGCUAGCCGGGCUGAAACGCGAACUCGAGAGCGCUGAGCAAGCGGCUAUUAAGGCCAGGACGCAGGACGCCCCAAACCCUACCACUACGGCCAGCACCCAAAGUAGCGAAAAGAGAAAGUGGCCGCUCCUGGACGAGGAAUAUCGACGCUAUGGAAGACAGAUGAUCGUGCCGCAGGUGGGGUUACAGGGUCAACUGAAACUUCGAUCUGCGAAGGUUUUGAUUGUCGGAGCGGGCGGCUUGGGAUGUCCGGCCGCGCAGUAUCUCGCCGGGGCUGGGGUGGGCACACUGGGACUCGUGGAUGGGGAUACGGUGGAAUCUUCGAACCUUCAUCGGCAGGUGCUACAUCGGAGCAAGAAUGUUGGAAAGUUCAAGGUGGAUAGUGCGAUUGAGUCUUUGCGCGAUUUGAACCCUCACCCAACUUACAUAGCACACCGAGCGCAUCUAGCGCCCCAAGAUGCGGCGGAUAUUUUCAAGAACUACGAUCUCAUCCUUGACUGUACGGAUAACCCCGCGACACGUUACCUGAUCUCGGAUACGGCGGUUCUGCUUGGGAAGCCAUUGGUUUCGGCUUCUGCUCUGCGGACGGAAGGCCAGCUGAUGGUGCUAAAUAACCCUCCCCGACCGGCAGGAGAUAAGACCGGAGGCCCAUGCUAUCGAUGUGUUUUUCCUCGGCCGCCUCCGGCAAAUAGCAUUCUGAGCUGUGCGGAUGGUGGCAUUAUUGGUCCGGUUGUUGGUACAAUGGGAGUACUGCAGGCGGUAGAGGCAAUCAAGGUGAUUACAGCUGCGGACGAGGAAGUUAAGCCUCCAUCGCUACAUAUCUUUUCGGCCUAUUCGUCCCCGUUAUUCCGAACCAUUAAACUGCGUUCGCGCCGACCGAACUGUGCGGUGUGCUCUGCUGAGGCUAGCGUGACGUUGGAAACCGUCAAGUCAGGGUCGACCGACUAUGUUUUCUUCUGUGGAAGUGUCAGCCCAGAGAAGCUGUUGCUCCCGGAAGAGCGCAUCUCGCCGCUGGAAUAUCAGACGAAGCAUCCGCUGGCAGACUCCACUGAGGCCAUCGAAACGGUCAGCAAGGGACCCACAAUCAUUGAUGUUCGGGAGAAGGUUCAAUUCGACAUCUGCAGCUUGGAAAAUAGUAUCAAUAUCCCCAUCUCGUCUAUCCUGUCGUCGACGACGAAAGCCGCCCAGAAUGGCGAAGUAGCCAAUGGAUCGAAUCCACUGCCCCCGUGGCUGCCAGCAGAUAUCGCCUCUUCGGACUCCAUCGAUCCGAUCUAUGUGGUGUGUCGACUCGGAAACGAUUCCCAGAUCGCAGUCAAACGACUGAAGGAGCUGGGUCUGGACCGCGGAGGCGAAAGAGUCGUGGCGGAUAUUCGGGGUGGAUUGCGCGCCUGGCGCGAACAGGUUGACCCCGAGUGGCCCGAAUAUUAA